GCCUGCAGCUCACCAGUGUAUCUGGUGAACUUGGUUGGUUAAAACAAGUUUGUUCUCCGUUCAUUGAAGUUACACACGGUGGGUAGGGCAUCCAGAAGUCUUACUGAAGUAAGAGCAGCGAUGCGCCGUAAUAAAAUUACUCAACAAUCAGAGUCGACCUGAAGCGCAACAAAAUUUGUUUCAGCGAGAAAGACGAAGAAAAGACAAACAGCACAACACCUGGGUAGACGGUGCUGUUUCAUUAGAAUAGACAACGUCAGGGUGGAUUGAGGACAAUAAAAGAGUAAAAAUACUCCUCAAAGUACCUUACUCAGUCAGUGUGGCUCGUUUCUAGCCUGGAAAACACAUAAUACUUCUCAGGUGCUCUGAUGUGUCCUCAUGUAGAAACUAAGCAAAGUAAAACCCAACAAAUUCUGAUGAUGAUUGAGAAAACGAUAUGGUUAAAAUCCGAGUGGAGCAGAACUCCAGCCACCGGCCCUGAGGCCUCCGGGCCCCAUCCUGCUGUCAUGUGAUCUGUAAACACUUUAAUGAAACCCACAGAGGGGGACGAAGUCAGAUAAAAACUCCUGCACUCGCUCCGGUCUUGUUCCUUCAGGUGAGCCCACCCAAGCUCACUCCUGUGUUCAUGUCAGUUGUUUCCACAAAUUGCUGUUUUUUUUUUUUUUGUUUGUUUUUGUUUUUAACUUUAAAAUCCAGCUGUUAUGGACGCUGCGGCUGGUGAGCUAAACGCUACGUACAUAACCUUCGGCGGGCAUGUAGAGCUGCGCAGGUACAGGUUCCUGUACUUCGCCGUCAUGCUCGUCGUCUACGUUCUGAUCAUCUGCAGCAACUCCGCCAUCUUGGGCCUCAUCUGGGUCCAGAAGAGCCUCCACCAGCCCAUGUACGUCUUCAUCGCGGCCCUGCUCUUCAACUCGCUCCUCUUCAGCGCCGCCAUCUACCCGAAGCUCCUGGCGGACUUCCUGUCCGACGAGCAGACCACGUCUCUGUCUCUGUGCAGCCUGCAGAGCUUCGCCUACUACUCCCUGUGCGGCGCCGAGUUCCUGCUGCUGUCGGCCAUGGCGUACGACAGGUACGUGUCCAUAUGCAGGCCCCUGCAGUACGGGGCCACCAUGAGGAAGCCCACCGUGGCCGUCCUGCUGGCUCUGGCGUGGCUGCUGCCCGCCUGUCAGCUCGUGCCGUCGCUCUUCAUCAGCAGGGGCUACCGGCUGUGCCACUCGACCCUAAACGGGAUCUUCUGCAACAACGCCAUCUCCCGGCUCUUCUGCAUGGACUCCAGGGCGCCGUACAUCACGUACGGCGCGUUCAUCGCGCUGAACACGAUCGUUUUGCCCUUGGCCUUCAUCCUGUUCACCUACACAAAAAUACUGAUCAUCUCCUUACGAGGCUCCGGAGACACGAGGAGGAAGGCGGCGAAGACCUGCUCCCCUCACCUGCUGGUCCUGGCCAGCUUCUCCUGCCUGUGUUCGUACGACGUCGUGGCGGCCCGGCUGGAGGUCGACCUGGACAGAACGGCGCGCUUCGUCAUGACUCUGCAGGUGGUGUUGUAUCACCCCCUCUUCAACCCCAUCAUCUACGGCUUGAAGAUGGGAGAAAUCCGCAGGCACCUCGGAGUGGUUUUCUCUCGCGACAAAACGCGGGGUGAACGUAACAUGUUAAGACUUUAACGAUGCUUUACAGUUCUGAUGUUUAAAAUGUGACGCUUUUUCUUUAAGUCAGCCUUUAGUGUAAUUACUGCCGUGACUGUUGUGUUUAUGGUAUUGGAGAAUACAGCAGAAACAUAUUCUGUCCCUCUAAUAAAGUACUAGCUGCCAAAGACGGGGACUUAUUAUUAUUAUUUUAUUUAUUUUCAGUUUCAGUGGUUUCUGACUUUUGAUUUGGUAAAGAAAAAUAACCCCUAGGUCAUGUACUGUAUGUUUUGCUAAAAAAAAAAAAAAAAAAAAAAAGUGUGUAUUUUGAAUCCAUUGUGUAUUUUGAAUUCAUGUUCAUCCUUUUUAAUAAAGUCAGUCGGUGAUGAAGAGGUGUCAUCGUUUCAACCCAACUGUACAGAACAUGCAGCUCAAGACACAAUAAUGAAAUGCACAGGAGUAAUAAUCAGGUAACAGAGUUUUGGCCAGUCUUUCCUUAUUACUAUUAUCUCCCAUGAAAUCACAGUUUUUGUUUAGCAAAUCAGAAUAUGAGGAUUAUUUGUCCGAUUAAAACCUUUUGAAACUUGACAACCUUCAACCAGGUGUGAAACAUCAUUUUCCUUAAGCCCACGUCUGGAUUAAGAUUCUCUUCUUUUUUUGGUCUGAUGUUAAGUUUAAAUGUCAUGUUUUCAUGAAAGUUGCACUAAGUAACUUUUUUUUUUUUUGUACACAUUUGUUGACACU